AAAAAGAAGAGGACAACAAGCAAAGGGCUGAAAUUUGCAAAGAAGCAGUUGAAGAAGCAUGGAUGGAAAAAAGGUAAAGGACUUGGAAAGCAAGAAAAUGGAAUCGCUGAAGCCCUAAAAGUCAAAAUGAAAUGCAACACAGCUGGGGUGGGACACGACUCAGCUAAGGAGUUCACCUUCCACUGGUGGGACCAUCUGUUCAACUCAUCUGCUGCCAACAUUACAGUAGACGCUGGGCAGGAUGGGGUCCAAGUGAGAAAAACCUCUGAGCGAGAGGGGCCAGUCACAAGUACGAAGCCAUGGCGAGUCAAGGAGGGGAACAUGCUCUACAGCCGCUUUGUGAAGGCAGCUACCCUGAUAUCUGGCACAGAGGAGCCUAUGAACCCCAUGUCCUCCGUAGAGCAGGAGGAGGAGAAACUGGACCUCGCCACAGCAAGGAGGCUGACUGACCAGGAGCUAUUCCAGGCCUGUGGGGGAAGAACAGUCCACAAGGGCGCUCGGCAUGGCAUCACGAUGAGGGCAAAGCUCGCCCGGCUGGAAGAGCAGGAAAAGGCUUUCUUGGCUAGCUCUGUCCAGUGGAAGGACGGGCCGGGGACGGCCCCCAGCGGCUGCCCUGACCCGCAAGCCAAGAAAUGCAAAAGAAGCAAAACGGGGGCUGCUACAGAGAAGAGCCAGGUGGGGGAAGACUGCCUCAAGGCCAAGCCCAAGAAGAAGAAGAAGAAGAAAAAGACCAAUGGCAAGGAGCUGAAUGGGCCUUAGGGAGACGGCAGGCCAAGCGUGGCAGCCAGAGGAGCAGAACGGCUGGGAGCUUCAACCCUGCUCGAGCUGCACUUGUGCACUUGUCCAACAAAGGACUGGCUCAUCUCCUUCACUAAGGAGUGUGUUAGGUUGAAAAUUGUACAGAUAAAUUAUUUUUACAUAAAUAGAUAAUAC